AUGUGUCACCAACGAAUCACGAGAUUCUGAUAUCAAGAAUGUACUCCUUUGCGCCUGUUUGCUCCUCGAUCGUCUCGUCAACGACGGACUACGUUCUCUGCGAAAGGAAGUACGCAAAAGAGGGAGGAAUGAGGAGAUUCACCCGGUGACCUCGUGCCGCGCGCGGUAAUGCUACUGGCAAACGGUGUCUCUAUACCGACCAUCGCCGGUGCUGUCGAGGAGGAGGAAGAGUAUGCACGCAGCGAGGCGAAUAGCACGCAUUACGAUGGAUACGUUACCGAUCACACCGAUCUGGCUUCGGAGAUCGACAUUGACGAAUCCGAAUAUAGGCGGGAAUUACUUAAUGAUAAAUGGCGAAUGCUCUUUGACAAGUUUGAUCCGGAGGGUUUUGGAGAGAUACCGCUGGAGGACUUUUUGACAGCCUUGAAUAGUUCUGAAUGGAAGGCGGAAAUACCGACCAACAAACGUGAUAUACUUCUGAUUAGAGCCAAAGAGUCGCGUGUCCACGCAGUGACUUUCCAGGAUUUCGUCAAUGUGAUGAGCGGCAAACGGACCAGAAGUUUCAAGUGCGCUGUGCACCAUCGGGACCGUGAGAUCUGUUCCGAAAACGAUUUCCAUCUGCUUGUGCACGAACCACCUCUAUUUCGCAGGAUGGUCCGCAUGAUCGGCGAUGAAUUCCUCACGGAGGAGCGGGACCGAAAAUAUUAUGCCGAUCACUACACAUGCUGUCCACCGCCUCUCUUCAUCAUUCUCAUCACCCUCGUGGAGUUGGGUUUCUUCACGUAUUAUACAGUGGCGAUGGGCGAGGUGAAUCCUUCGGGGCCGGUGCCGAUCGACAGUGUCUUCAUUUACAGGCCGGACAAGCGACUCGAGCUCUGGAGGUUUGCCUUCUACAUGUUCUUGCACGCUGGAUGGCUCCACCUGCUGUUUAACCUGGGGGUUCAGGUGGUCGUGGGACUUCCCUUGGAAAUGGUUCACGGAAGCCUGAGGAUCGCCGCGGUUUACAUGGCCGGGGUUCUUGCCGGUUCGCUGGGCACAUCGGUGUUCGAUACGGAUGUGUAUCUCGUCGGAGCGAGCGGGGGUGUUUAUGCUCUUUUGGCAGCACAUCUAGCCAAUGUUCUCCUCAACUACAACAAUAUGGAAUUCGGGAUAGUUCGGCUCAUUGGCAUUUUCGUCAUCGCUAGCGCUGACGUAGGCUUCGCGAUCUACGAUAGAUACGCGGCGGAGCAGAUGGGUCCGCCAGUGUCGUACGUCGCUCAUUUGACGGGUGCCCUGGCUGGUUUAACGAUCGGCCUUCUAGUGUUGAAGAACUUUGAGCAGCGGCUACACGAGCAGUUACUCUGGUGGGUCGCCCUAGGCGUUUACGCCGCUUGCACGAUCUUCGCGGUCAUGUACAAUCUGAUGCAUCCGGACUAUCCAUGACGCGAGAUCAGCUUCGCGUACGGCCAGCCGAGGCACACGUAACGCGAAGCUGAUCGUCCAUGGAAAAAAAAGAAGAAGAGACGCAGGAAAAGACGGGAGAGACCUUGUUAAGAAUGUCAGGUAUUGCGGAUUUUGCAUAAUGCGUUAAAGCGAGAACUAAAUUUCCAAAGCAUCGAAAGCAAAGGACAUGUAAAAAUGAAAGGUAUGCAGUAAAAUCAUCGGCGGUCGUUCUCCUCGUCGGAGGGAAGAUGACUUAGAUCGCCCUCCGCGCGAAAAGGAUCGUAAUUUCUUAGUAUAUUUUCUUCCAAACCGGCCUGUUCGCGCACGACAUUCGAGAAAAAUGGCAGAGCGCCCGUUGGGAAAACCGUGAAAAAUGAGCGAGGAAAUAUAUAAUUUAUUAAUCGAAAAUUCUAAAAGAUGAGAAUAUUUUGUAUGAUGCAAUAGUGGGAACGGCAGAUUUUCGCCAGGAAGACGAAACAGACGUGAGAGUAGACGAACAUUGAACAAACGUUGCGCUUGUUACAUUUCGUCUUCCAUUUUGUUUUCGUGGAAGUAGCAGUAAUCCGCAUUCACUCCAUAAUCCUGCGGAAGCCUCUUGAGCACAAUAUCUACUUUUUCAUAGCGAAAUGCGGAUGGUUUCGAAAGCGCGUAGCCAGAAAAGAACAAUAGCUAAGCAUUCGUGUUCCCUUAUUAUCAACGGGACAAGAAAACGUCAUUCUUACGAAAUGGAUGGAAACAUCCUGGACUGUUUGCCAUGUAAAAAAUGUCUUUGCGUGUCGUUCUAGAGAACAUAUAAUAUAUUUCUUCGUCGGUCUCUGGGAAGAGCAAGUCGCGUGAUCGCGAAUCUAGUUGUUUGAGUCCAUCGUUCCAUAUUUCUGAAAAAAAAACCAAAGAACCAAACUGGAUGACAACGAGAUCGGCCGAAAAGGAAUCGGCGAGGGAAUACUUCUGUCCAAAUAGGAACAAGAAUAUGUCGAAGGGAGGAAUUCUUUUCCACGACUUUCGUCGUUUGUUUAUUUUCGCGUAAUGCCAGUCGCUGUCGUCCUCGGAAAAACCAAAGAAUCAUACUCGCUUGUGUAGGCAACGCUCCGCUGUCCAUUGUCGUGUUGUUGAAGAAGUUUCUUGCUCAAUGACGAGAGAAACAAAAGGAUAAAGAAAAAGAGAGAGAUUCGACAACAGCGAAGUAAAGCAGAAGAGACCAGAAGGAAGCAGGAAGAUCCCGAGACCUAAUGGAUCCUUCGUGGUCGAUGAAACAUUGUACAAAUGACCGCGGCGAAGAGGUAGACGAUGGAGACGACGAUGAGACAAAAACCGUGGGACAGUCAAGAGAAUUGGUAACCAUCGACAAGAUCCCUCUCGAGACUUUCUUGAAACACUUGACUCGCGAGACAAUUCGUGGAUGUGGACCGCACGAGUGCAGAAUGCGUGAAACUUGAUGAUGAAGAGCUUGUGUUGAUGGAAGAUUUUUUUCUAACAUGAGAUGGAAAUAAUCAGCUGUGAAAAAAUUUUUGCAG